ACAAUACAGGUAAACGUCAUAAUCAGUUAUGGCGUCCAAUUGCAAUCAUUGUUAUAUUUUUACUAUUUAGUUUUAAUUUAAAGGUCAAAUGUUUUAUAAAUGUGAACCAUAUUAUAUAAAUAAUAAUUUUACGGUAGCUAUUUUACGUGAUAUUAAAAUCAAAUAGCAAACGAAUUUUUAAGAGUUCCAUCUCUUUAUAAGUAACGAAUGGCAGCAUAAAAAUGUUCCACGGCGGUGACGAGGGGCCGGUCUAUUAUAGAGAGAUACAGAAAAAUGCUUACCUCAAGAGGAUACCGAUCGAGAGCAGCGGGAAAUUAAGGCAGCUCGGUAAUAAGAGACAGCCAUUGAAACCCAUGUGGACAUUAUUCUGCAUCCACAACGGUCGAGUUCCGUUCCUAGAGCAAUACCCUGAACCGAAGGCUACCCUCACUCAUCAGCCAACUUGGCGCGUCUGUUUGAAGACAGCGAGACAUGUCACCGCCAGUGUGAAACCUCACCUCGGCGAGGAAUACGACUUCCUCGUCGACACAGACCAUGGACCCGUCAGGAUGCUGGCCCCUAAUUGGGACUCGAUGCAAGACUGGGUGGCCAUACUACGUACGAAACUUCACGAGCUCCGUAUAGUGUCCCCCGGUGAGAAUGUGUACUGCUCGCCGCCCGCACAGCCUCCCCCGCGAGCGGCGGCGAGGGAUCCCACGUCACCACUCCCACCAACACCGGCAAUACCACCGGACAGGGUGCCGGGAAUCGAUCUGACUCCGUUGACGAGGAACCUCGAAUCCAACGCCAGCGAUGCCGGCAACACGAACGGCACCAGUAACGGUGCAGCGGACGAGGCUGAAGCACGAAACGAAUCGGUGACGUCAUCAGCGACCAACACCCCGCCCCCGUCUACGCCGUCGCUGACGUCACCGCCAUCAAAUCUGACGUCACUAUCAAAUAUGGCGUCGAUGACGUCAGAUAUCAACGGGGCUGAUGUCGAUAUAUCCAAUUGGGACACAUGCCCGCUGCCAAGCACCAGCCGCGACGAGACGAGGGCGAGCGUGACGAAGAUAUGCGGACAGAACAUCUGCCUAGACGACUCGAUACUCAAGAGGAACGUCAGCGAGAGCGACGAGGAGUUCUUCGCCGAGAUAGACGAGAUACGAGACGACUGCGAGUACAAGCAGCGGCUGGUCGUCAGCGAGGGGGAUGGACAGAGUACCGCAAAUAUAACCAGGAACAACGUGACAGUGAUCCAAGUGUCAAAUAAGACGCCACAGACAGCGAUACCGGUGAUGGGAGCGAGCGUCUUCGACUUCGACUUCAAACAGAAGCUGACCAUAAAACCGGAAGAUGACGAUUUCAUAAACAUCGUAAACACAGAAAACCGGAACAGCUACGGCACUGUCUACGUCGACGAUUACAGACACGGCCUCACCACCGUCAGCCUGACGGGCGACGAGUCGGGUGGCGGGGGAAACGUCAAGGUGACAGCCGCCGGGAACGGCUGUGACGCGAACGAGGCCGUCAACGUCAAAGUGACAGACGGAUCGAACGUGACGGACGCGACUGUCAAUGUGACAGGUGAUCCACACGCCAGGGACGUCAACGGCCUGUACGAGCGCCUCUGCAUGGCGUCCACGUCCAACAGGGCUGCCUCUCCGUUGCCAGUACGGAGAGUGGUGAACGAGAAUAAAACGAGAAAAUCCUCGCUCCCAAAUCUAGACAUACCCGAGUCGGCCUACGAAUAUCUGUACCCGAAUAGUUCUAACGCCGACGCCAUAGCUAAUACUAACGCUGAAAGGAUCAAUGUCGCGACUGACAGCCCUAAUGUUAGGGUGAUAAGGUCGAAUAUAGAGCGGUCGCUGAGUCAGAACGCGUACGACGUCAGUCCGAGGCGAAGGAAACAUAACGACAGCCCCAAGAGAGAUAUCAAACAAGAAAAAUCGGAACAACAGAAACCGGUGUGGAGAAGGGGUUUGACCGAACUGUCGCUGUUGAGCCGGCUGAGAGGUAUCGGUCAAAAGAGACAGGAAGACAGGGUGACGUCAUCAGUGAAGGUAGUCCAUAGAUCAAGAACUCCAGCCAGGGACAACGCCAGGAGAAGAAGCAACUCGCUCAAUAACAGUGUGUCACCCCCGAGGCCGUUCCCCCCCCUCCAGCCUCUGUUGUGUCGGCAGGCGGCGGCGCUGCGAGCGGAGCAGGGUCGCGGGGCUAGUGUCACCUCUGUCAGGGUCAAAGACGCCCCGGUUAUAUGCGAGUAUGAGAGGAGCGUUUGGGUCGCUCGCUGGGGUUCGAACGGGUUCCGUAUAUCCGGUCGCUCUGGUGACCGCAUCGCAGGGAUAGCCGGUUCUACUCCCAGUUCAGUCACACACGCGAGGAACUUGCUGAGGAACGCCCAUACGUCGUUUAUAGACAUACUAUUUCACCGGGUUCCACUCGCUAAGAUAUACGUCAUCAACAAGAGAGACAAAGAGAGCUUGGGUAUAAAAUUGGACAACGAGUGUACAAUAACGUCAGUGGCGGCGGAGUCGCCGGCCAGCCGGGCAGGGCUGCCAGUCGGUCGGUGGGCCAUCACGGAGGUCAAUAACCGACCAAUAAAUAUAGUCAAGGGCGGGGAGGACGACAUGAACAGAAUCUCAUACCAUGGGACGGAGGUGUCCAUACUGAUACAACCGUCGGGUCUGGUGAAGAAAAUGAGAUCAGCUCUGAAAGGAAGGCAGUUGCUAGCAAUACGGUGAUCUCAAAUCCAAUUCCCUAUUCGAGUAAAAUUUACACACACCCUGUCCACAUCGAUCAAUUUUUUUAAAGAUCGUCCGUUGAAAGUGUAUUUAGAAAAAAACUCACAUAUAUAUGAUUUUUUUUUUAUUUGAAUCUAUUUGAGAGAUAUAUUUAUACAAGUAAUGUGAUUUCUGUCCUUAUAUUGAGGUAAUCUAACUAUUCAGAUUUGGAUGUUAAUGACUGAUUUUUAAAUUAGCAUAUAUAUAUAUAUAUAUAUAUAUAUGUAUGUAGCUAUAUGGCAGCUAUUUUAUAUAUAUUUUUUUUAUAGAAACAUUUUAUAUAUAUAUAUAGGAGCAAAAAAAUCUUUGACGGCUAAUAAGACUCGAUUUGUAGAGCGUACAACAAUUUUGAUAAUUUUUCAUUCAUGAAAAUGUUUUUUUAAGUAUUACCGUGUUAAGAGAAAGGUUAGUGUUUCGUAAAGCCAAUAAUAUGCAAGCUCUGACACGAGUUUGAUAGUCAACCGUUACUGUCAUACAGCGAGUAUGUCUGUAUCAGUCUAACUCAUACUAAUGUUAACAUGUUAAGUACAUUUCCGAUUUAAUACUUUUCAUUUUCAUUCCGAUGAUUUUUUCUUUUAUCCGAUCUCCAUAUAUAUUAGGUAUUAAGAUAUUUUUCUACAAGACAUAUCUUUUUUGUGAUGAAUUUUCUUUGAAUAAAUAAAUGUUAUUGAAAGUG